CGCCGUCAAAGUGGGAGUGUCUAAUCCAUCACCCUCCCGACGCAGCCAAGUAUCCUACGCGACCUGUCUCGCUCAAGGUCCACAACAUCAUAUACUACCCAUAUAACUAUCGAUGCAAGUGACGGCAUACCAAGCAUCUUGGAUAAGUUUGAUAUCCAAGGACCCAACGGGACACACCCAUGCUAUACAAUGGCCCCUGCGCAAGGAAAUCUCAAAGAAGCAUCAUUUAGUCGUCUCUGUUACCUUGAUCCACUCACGUGGAUUCGUCCAUGGAGAUAUUCGUCUUCGGAAUGUGUUGGUCAAACUCCCAUCGACAUUUGACGAACUCUUAAUCGAGCGUCUCGGAAAGGACUGCAAAACGCCCGUGGCUAAGAUGGCACCAGAGGCUCUUUUUGAACCAUCGGAUACUCGAUCCUCCCUCGCAAGGGCAAGAGUGAGGCAAACCGUCUGCCAAGAGAGCUUCAAUGAACCUCAAGCUUUGCGCUGGCGCGACUAUCGCAACUAUCGCGACAUCACAUGACAAAAUCAGAUACCUAACAGAAAAUCGCCGAAGAAGAAUCCAGACCUCGUGUUCGUAUCACGCCGUUGCACCAGCAAUUGCACCUCUAAUUACACAUACACAUACACAUACAAGGCGCAAAACUUCACUG